GACUACUUUCUAAAUUGGACCAGGUCCGACCUGGAACUAGUCCGGUUUCUAAGUUAGACCUAAGCCAACUCCAGCCAGUUUCAAGCCCCAGUUUUCAGAAAAAGUUCAGACUUUUGUAGAAGUGUGAAUGCUCCCGACACAAAGCUGCUAAACGAGGACAGGAAUCCGAAGGGAGGGGAAGUUCCCACGACCUCCGCAAGCCACGAGGAGGCACCAGUUCCGCAGAUUGAAAAGGUUGGCAGACUACUUAGUGUUUUCUUACUCUGGCCUCAGAAGCAACAUGUUCUGUGCUGGCCGGGUGCCAGAGGAGGAUCUGAAGAGGACAGUGAUGGCUUGUGCAGGCUCCAUCCAGACCACUGUGAACGCGCUGUCAUCAGAUGUUCUGGGCCGCUGCCAGGUCUUUGAAGAGACUCAGAUCAGAGGCGAAAGGUACAAUUUCUUCACUGGCUGCCCCAAGGCCAAGACAUGCACUAUCAUCCUCCAUGGUGGUGCAGAGCAAUUUAUGGAGGAGACAGAGCAGUCCCUGCACGAUGCCAUCAUGAUUGUCAGGAGGGCCAUCGAGAAUGAUUCAGUGGUGGCUGGUGGUAGCGCCAUCGAGACGGAGCUCUCCAAGUACCUGCGAGAUUACUCAAGAACCAUUCCAGGAAAACAGCAGCUCCUGGUUGGGGCCUAUGCCAAGGCCUUGGAAAUUGUUCCACGCCAGCUCUGUGACAAUGCUGGCUUUGAUGCCACAAACAUCCUCAACAAGCUCUGGGCUUGGCACGCCCAGCGUGGCAUGUGGUACGGGGUGGACAGCAACACUGAGGACAUUGCUGACAACUUUGAGGCCUCUGUGUGGCAGCCAGCGAUGGUGCGGAUCAACGCCCCGACUGCCGCCUCCGAGGCUGCGUACCUCAUCGUGUCUGUCGAUGAGACCAUCAAGAACCCUCGCUCAACAGUGUGUGCUUCCCCAGCCGCUGGCCGGGGGCCGAGGUCGCGGCCGCCUUCACUGAGAGGUUCCCAGCCCUCACACGAGUGCCCGGCAGGCUAUGCUUACUCUGUCUUGGUCAGAUAUUAAAAGGAAGGGGUGGUAUUUGGCCCACUCUGUUCUCACUGGAGGUUAUUUAAAUAAAGCUUAAAAA